CACUGCUACCCUUCCUCCAGGCCGUGCGUGGGAGCAGCGUGACCAGAGUCGUUCUCAGCAAUUAGACUACCCCCACCCCGCUCUUCCCCCUUCCCAACUCCUUCCCACAGAACAGGCUGAGCCCUGGCAACUAGAUCGUCAUGGCAACCCGAUGCAGUACACACUUCCUCGCCUAGAACCUGUGCCUGUCCGAGUUGUGGACUACCACUAUGGUAAAGAAACUCCCAGAAGUUACCAAACUCCUAGGUCCACUUACAACACGGCCCAAGGAGGAAGCAGCAACACCUGGAAACCCCCCAACUCAUCCCAACCAGCAGUAGAUUACAGGUACCCACCAGCUACAGACUACAGACCACGCCCAGACAAAGAUGUCCCAGUUGUCACAAUCAAGAUGGCCACCUCUGGCAAAACUCCCACCAAGAAGGCUGCUCUUGACUUCCACGGAGAAAUCCCCCAAACGUUUCCUUAUUCGUGCUCUCUCUGCGAUAUUACUGUGCUCUCUGAAAAGUACUGGUUCACACACGUCAAUGGAACUCAACAUGCAGACGGACAGCUCACACUUCUUCAAAUGUAUCCUGAAUGGGAUUGCCAGAUGCAGACCGCCAGAAGUGGUGGCGACCACACAGACAGACCAAGGGUUGAAGAGAAGACUGCUGGACCUUCCCAUAGGUCUAUUAACUACUUAGGUAAACCGUCAAGUAGCGGCUCUAGAAAAAACGUAGACACUAAGACAAAGGUUACAAAGGGGAGUGGCAAAGUGGUUUGUGCCAAAUUUACCGCUCGGUGUCUCAACGAAGAUGGUUUGAGGGACCUGAUUAAUCCGUUUGGGGAAGUUGUGAAAGUCAUCAUGUUCCCCGCUUUGGCGUUUGUGGAGUUGGGCUCAACUGACCAGGCCGCCGAUAUUGUGACAUACUACCUCAGUAACCCAGUGAUGGUGAAAGGAGGACAAGUCACCUUCUCUGUCUCGUCAACAUUGAAUUUCCUACAGAGUUCCCGGGUGUUGAGUUUUUCCCCGGUGCCUCCUGGUAAAGAGUCUGCCGCGUGGAAGAGAGAGUUACUGGCCGUCGCUGAAGGAUUUGGACCUGUGGAGCACUCUCUAUUCUUACCUACGCAGGCAUUUGUGGAAAUGACUAAUGCACUGGAUGCACAGACGCUGGUUGGACACCAUACAUCCAAACACCUGAAAAUAGAUGAGAUACAUAUUAAAGUGGCCUUCUCAUCAGAGUAUAAUACACUUCGGACCAUGUCUGAGAGGAAGUCUUCAGACAGGAAGUCUUCAGACAGGAAGUCUUCAGACAGGAGCAGGAAGUCUGAAGACAGAUCUAAGAGAAAGAGAACCCCAAGCCCCAGAAGGCGGUCCCUCAGCCCCAGGAGAGUUUCCCCAAUCUCCUCAAAGAGGAGGAGGAGUAGAGAGAGGGAUAGCGACCGUCACAAAGAACGGGUGAAAUCAAACUGUGGGGGUAAAAACAGGCUAAAGUCCCCCAGCAAACAGAGCUCCAGUCGGUCCCCCAGAAGCCUUCGCUCCCAUACUAAAGAGUGGGUGUCCAGUGAGAAGGUAUCCCCCAUUUCCUCAUCCACUCGCUCACAACCUCCCACCAAGAAUAAGACCCCAUCCCAGUCCUCCACUGUGAUGGAGAAGUCCAAAAAGGCUGUCGACACGAUUGACCAGAGCAAGCAAGAAACUGCGACCCACGACAGCCAGGAGGAUGGAGCCAUGGAGGCCUGUGAUAUGGACAGUGACAUCGAGGGGAUGGCCGUGUAUGGGGAGGAUGGAGAGGAGAACUCUGACAUGGGAGAGGAGGGAGAGGUGGGGGAGGGAGAGAAGGGAGAGGAACUGCAGGAGGGUGCUGAGGACUUGAUCCAGGAGUUUAAAGACCUAUGUGAGCCCAGGCAGAAAGCAACUUCUGGGACUGUAGAUGAUGCUCGUACAGAAGAGCUCUCAGCUACCGGGUCAGAACAGGGGAAAGAGCUCUCAGCGACCGUGUCAGAACAGGGGAAAGAGCUCUCAGCUACCGGGUCAGAACAGGGGAAAGAGCUCUCAGCUACCGGGUCAGAACAGGGGAAAGAGCUCUCAGCGACCGUGUCAGAACAGGGGAAAGAGCUCUCAGCUACCGUGUCAGAACAGGGGAAAGAGCUCUCAGCUACCGGGUCAGAACAGAGGAAAGAGCUCUCAGCUACCGGGUCAGAACAGGGGAAAGAGCUCUCAGCGACCGGGUCAGAACAGGGGAAAGAGCUCUCAGCGACCGGGUCAGAACAGGGGAAAGAGCUCUCAGCUCCCGGGUCAGAACAGGGGAAAGAGCUCUCAGCUACCGGGUCAGAACAGGGGAAAGAGCUCUCAGCUACCGGGUCAGAACAGGGGAAAGAGCUCUCAGCUACCGGGUCAGAACAAGGGAAAGAGCUCUCAGCGACCGGGUCAGAACAGGGGAAAGAGCUCUCAGCUACCGGGUCAGAACAGGGGAAAGAGCUCUCAGCUACCGGGUCAGAACAAGGGAAAGAGCUCUCAGCUACCGGGUCAGAACAAGGGAAAGAGCUCUCAGCGACCGGGUCAGAACAGGGGAAAGAGCUCUCAGCGACCGGGUCAGAACAGGGGAAAGAGCUCUCAGCGACCGGGUCAGAACAGGGGAAAGAGAUGGAUGGUGAAGACCAGAAAGGAGAUAUUUCAUACGUUGAUGAUGAGCCUGAUUUCCCAGAGGACCUUGAGAAUCUUAUUACGUUGGAUGAGCUAGAGGACGAUUCCUCGGUUGAUAACCAAGAUAACCAGUCAACAGAUGAGAUCAAGAGCAGAUCCAAGAGCAAACCCUCAGGACGUGAUCAGACACCUGGUAGAGUGAUCUACGUCAAAAACCUUCCCAGAGGCUUCUAUACAGAUAAUGACUUCCUGAAGAUUGUUAAAGGCUUCGGGAGAGUGCAUCGCUAUUUCCUCCUUCGCAAUGGUGAAGAGGGCUUCAUUGAGAUGGAGAGGUCUUCUGAUGCGACAAAGGCUUUAAGAGAGCUGCGUUAUGAUGGCUGUAAAUUAUACGGCCAGAGGUUGAUCAUCCUGCGGUCUCAGAAAUACAAAAGACUAACAACAGGGUGGAAACCUGAAUCUGAUUCUAAAAGUGAUCGGAAGAAGGAUCACAUGAGUACUAGAAGCAGUAGCAGGAUAAGGAGUGGACGGACCAGCAGUCACUCAAAGUCAGCGGCUAAGGGCGACAAGACAAAAGAGAAGGACGACAAGACAAAAGAGAAGGACGAGGAGACAAAAGAGAGGGACGGGGAGACAAAAGAGAGGGACGAGGAGACAAAAGAGAGGGACGAGGAGACAAAAGAGAGGGACGGGGAGACAAAAGAGAAGGACGAGGAGACAAAAGAGAGGGACGAGGAGACAAAAGAGAGGGACGGGGAGACAAAAGAGAAGGACGAGGAGACAAAAGAGAAGGACGAGGAGACAAAAGAGAAGACGGCACGACAAGUAUGCUCCGAGCCAGCCCAACACUGUGACAAGGAGGACAGAGGAGCGUCUGAAGGGGAUAUUGACCAAUCCUCCAACAGUGAAGACCAAAAGGAUGCCCCUGUCCCUGCUGCUGAGGAAGAGAAGCAGGCCUGUAGCAACGAGGAUAAUGCAGAAACCAAGAUGGAGGAUAAUGUGGAAACGAGACCAGAUUCCAUAAAGACUGGUAUGGAGUCAUCGUUCCAGGCCAACAACCCAGUGGGAAGAGAAUUCAUUAAACCUGUCAUUGGCUACUUCUGCGACCUGUGUCAAGUCAUCUAUGUCAAUGAGGACGAAGCAAGGAACCAACACUGCAGCAGCCUCUGUCACUAUCUGAAGUUUAUGGAACAUUCAGGUGAAGACACAGCCUCUAGCUAAAAGAUGUCCAUCUCUGGAGGAAGUUGACCAGAUGACAGUCUUAGGCCCAUUUUGACAGGAAGUGUACAUGUGCACACUUCCGGAGGAGGGUGGAGAAUCUGGAUGUUUCUUUAUAUUGCACUCAAGAAGAACGGCACAGGUUUACCUCAUCCAUGAGAGGCUCUUUGUGAAACUCAUCCUAGAACAAUAAAUGAGAUUGCAGAUUA